CCGCCUCCGCGAUCGCAAACCCGGAAGAAGCCUCUGGUAGCUGGACUGUGCCGGCCGGCCUGGCACUGCCAUGCAUCCCAUGGAGGUAGGUCUGGUUCCCGCUCCAGCGAGGGAGCCGAGACUGACCCGCUGGCUGCUGAGAGGCAGUGGGAUCUUGGCGCACCUGAUAGCUUUGGGCUUCACCAUCUUUCUGACUGUGCUGUCCCGGCCCGGAACCAGUCUUUUCUCCUGGCACCCUGUGUUCAUGGCCUUGGCGUUCUGUCUCUGCAUGGCUGAAGCUAUUCUACUCUUCUCACCUGAGCACUCCCUGUUUUUCUUCUGCUCCCGAAAGACCCGGAUUCGACUCCACUGGGCAGGGCAGACCAUGGCCAUCCUCUGUGCUGUCCUAGGCUUGGGCUUCAUCAUUUCUAGCAAGAUCCGAAGUGAGCUGUCCCAUCUGGUCUCCUGGCACAGCUGGAUAGGAGCCUUGACACUGUUGGCCACUGGUGGACAGGCACUGUGUGGGCUGGGCCUCCUCUGUCCACGAGCAGCCCGGGUCUCAAGGGUGGCGCGCCUCAAGCUCUACCAUCUGACGUGUGGCCUGGUUGUCUACCUGAUGGCUACAGUAACCGUGCUUUUGGGCAUGUACUCAGUGUGGUUCCAGGCCCAGAUCAAAGGUGCAGCCUGGUACCUGUGUCUGGUACUACCAUUGUACCCAGCCCUGGUGAUCAUGCACCAGAUCUCCAGCUCCUACUUGCCAAGGAAGAAAGUGGAUAUAUGAAUGCCUCCAGACUGUGAAUCUAGGUGGGAUUCUUGCCUUGGAUUUUAACAGUUCCUUGGUGAUCUUCACAGGACCCGCUUCAGAAGUAGAUGAAUAUUUGCACUUGAUGGCUGAGCCACAGCGGGCAGAAACCCCAGCUGCUACUGUUAAGGCAUGAUCCAGUAGGCUCAAAUGGGGAAUGUCCUACCGUGUUCAAGUGGAAGGUUAUGGAGAACCUGAAACCUCACCCUUGAUGGGAGACACAAGUAUUAGGUGGUGGUGGAGGUGAUGGUGAUGGUGGUGAUUUCUGGCUUGUGUGCCUGAUGAAGAGUUCUUGUCGAUUAUGAAUGACAGCCAAGAUACUGGGGUCCCUGGUGAGAAACCAAUGCUAUGGAGAGCCUGUGAUCUCUUAGGCAGUGCUGUACAAUCAACCUUAGACAAGUUCCAUAUCUCAGGACCUCCGUUUCCGUACCUGAAAGUCCCUUAUCGUUAACACUGGUGUCUGACAGAUUGAUGUCGCUGAUACCCUCUUAGCUCUGGACCAUGUGGGCAGCUCAGGAUGUAAUUCUUUCAUCCAUUCUCCCUUUACUCCCCUGGAAGGACCCUUCAGAAAUCAUGCAGACUUGGCUCCUGAACCAAGAAACAAGGAACCCAGGUGAAGGUCUCCUGGACAAUAAGGUAGUAAAGGCACUGAAGUCACUUUAAGUUCUUUGGAGGAACUGACGGCAUUGUCCUUACCAAGCCCUUGACUCUUGGGCUCCUUAGCUGAGCUAAGAACUUCCUUCAGGCUACCUCUGGGUAUGCUCCUGACAUUCAUUCUCAGGGUGGAGUGGUCCUGGGCAUCUUAUACUUUGCCCUUAGGGCUUAGAGUGUUUAUUCAGCACAUAGCUCCAUGGAACUAGUCUGAAGCUUUUAGAACAAAAUAAAAACCAAGGAGUAGGCCCCUCUUGACCUAAGGAAAACUGUCUCUCCGUGUUGCCCUUCUUUCCUUGUCGUUUAAGCUUUCUUUAGUUGCUGUCUCCUGCCAGCCGGCCCUAAGAGUGGGAUGAUGUUGAUACCAACUGUGCUCUUCCCUGCCAGUAUACCUCCUUGAUCCAGCUGAGUUCCCCAGAGCAUCCUUUGUUGUGAGGGCUAGAUGUCAAACUAGUUAGCUGUGGUGUAGGUCAGUCUAGGAGAUGGGUCCUCUGUAGAUCCUAAUAAGGACUGAAGACUGCUGAACCAGGAAAAGUAUCCAUGCAGCUUUCUACCUGGGAGAUAGAGCCAUAUCUCAGAUCCUCUGAAGAUUUAAGGCCUCUUCUCCAAGUGGGUCAGGAACAAGGCAAGUGGGACUCAGUAGUACAGGAAUGGGGACUAGGGAGCAGAAGUAUUCUCUCAGUGGACCUCACCAUGCUUUCCUCAGGUAGCUAGCAUAACUCUCUAAAUACAGCUUGCUGAACAGAGACCCCUGCAGUACAGAGGGGAACUGUUCUUGUCUUUUUCAAAGCCCUCUCUCCCUCUCAAGCCAUCCAGUGUGCUGUGAUCUUGGAGGGAAUGGUUACCCGGCCGCAUGAAAGUGAUUCUCACUAGGGUCACUUUGAUAAAGGGCUCCCAUCUCCUUCCCUCAUUAAGGCCAGUGCUGGGGGCUCCCUAGGGUGGACCAGGUAAGGUUCAGCAGCUUGUUCUCAGAGCACAGAGGCAAUGCCAGAAAGCCUGAGCUUGCCUGAGGUGUUGCCUCCUCCCAGGUGGUGCGGGGGCUGGUGGGCGGGCAGGCAGGCGUGCUGACAGCCGGCAGUUUGCGUGGGCUGUGCCAUCUGAUGUCUAUUCCCAGCCCCGGGAGGAAGGGGAGUCAUUUAUAUUCUGCAGGAAGAAGGGACCCAGCUGUCGCUUCCUCUGACCAGUGGGCCUGGAGGGCAUCGGUGCAGAGCAGAGAGGAAGGUACAGGUAGUGGUGGUCUCCUGCUUAGGGAUCUGACCGUAGUGUAGGGGGCAGGGCAACAGGAGGACCCCUUCUUCCUGUUAGGUCAGAUUGGGGGCGGGGCUUACCUCCCUCGUGUCUUUCCACUUUCCCAUCAGCACCUGCCCUCACAUCCUAGGGCAGCAGCUGGACAACCAUUAGUCCUCAGUGCCAGGGUACUCUUCCUCCAGCUGGGAUCUGAGGCUGCCAGCUGCGUAUGCCUCCUGGCUGUAUGCUCCCUCUUCCCCACACCUAAUGUCUGGAUACUACCUGGGCUUCUCAGUAACAAGGAAGGGGCCUUAGUAGGAACACAAAUUGCUGUCCUUUGGCCAUGUUCCUUGACUAGGGAAAGCUAGUAGUCAGCCUGUUUUGCUUUUUCAAGGGGACACUCAGGAUGCUCAAGAUUUAAAAAAAAAAAUCGUCCAUCAUUUGCACAAAUUUCCAUAUCAUGCUAAGUUCUGAUUCCAUGUUUGAUUUUGUUCCAAGCUUGAUUAUAUUCAGACUCAACCUUGAGGGCAUUAGAUAGAUAGUUUGUAUCAAACCCAAAUGGUAAUGGGCACACUGUCUGGAGUCCUCUCAGGAGCCCCUUUGUUCCUGUAUCCUCCCAUUGCGGUUGGGGUGGCAAGGAAUGAAUGACAGGAGCUCUGCAUCUGAGAACUCUUGCUUCCCUCUCUGGCUGUCAUCCCAUCCAAGAUAGGCCGCUAUCAGUUCAAGAUAGGCCAGCCUGUUCUUGCUCUCCCCUUCAAGGCAGGUUGCCCUUCGUCCACGAUGCUGGCCUGCUCCAUCUCUCAGUGUCCCCACCUUUCCACUCCCAUGCAUGGCUGCUGUGGGUCUUGUUUUUUAAACCUCACUGUGGGAGAUCCAGGCAUCCUCCCUGAGCCAGCUGGCUGCUGUGCCGAGGCCUGUUCAGAGUUAAUAAUAAUCAUUAGUUGAAUGGUGCUGGGGCCUUUCAGCUCCGGAUCUCUAAGCACUUGCAGGCUGAGUCAGCCAGCCUUCACCUUCCCCCUCUUCCUGGGCUUUGGAGUGUAACAGCAUGGGAAGGCACUGUGGGAGAGGAGGGAAUCAGGAUUCUUGCCUGGCUAUGCCAGAGGCUUUUCUCCCGAGAGUAAGCAGUCAGGCCAAGAUACACAGAAUACAGUGUGCUCAGCUGAGACGGCCAUGGCUGUGGUAGCUGAUAACCCCAAGCCUUUAGUGCUCCUGGGUACUUGCCUUGGCUUCCAGGGGCACUCUACCUGAAUCCCUUAAGCGAGUCGUGAGAGCAAGAAAGUUUCUGGGUUGGUAUCCCCCACAAUGCUCUGGUCUGUGACUGGCACAAAGAACAUGUGUGUCCUGAACUGGAAGGUGUCUCAGCCUGGGGUGGCUGCUUUAUGAGUGUCUCGGCUCCUAACACUGGGUGGCACAGGCCAACUAUUUGCUUCUCAUCUUACCUCACAGGGAUGUUGUGAGGAUUCCACAAGAGAACAAGGUUCAAAGCAUUAAACAAAUGGAAAACAGA